AUGGUCUGGCUUUUAGGAGACUCAGGAUAUCCCCAACGACCAUGGUUAAUGACGCCAAUUUUAGAUGCUACCUCUGGCUCAAUCAAUAGUGUUUAUAAUGAAAAACAUAUGAGAGCUAGGGUAGUCAUCGAGAAUACUUUCUCCAGAAUGAAAAAUCGGUGGCGCUGUUUGCACAAAGAUAGAGUCCUCCAUUACAGGCCACUGAAAUGCUCUAAAAUUAUUUUAGCAUGCUCAGUGCUACAUAAUUUAAUGAUUGAUUUUGGGAUUGAGGCCCUAGAUGAAGAUAUGGGUCUGGAUGAAAACAUCAAUGAAGAUACAGAAGGAAGUUAUAUAGAAGAAGAAGCCACUUCCGAUUUGAUUAGAGGAAGAAUAUUGAGAGAUCAGUUAGUGAGACGGUUGCAAUAA